GCAGAGCGGAGACGCCCUCAGUCUUCGCCUUCAAGGGGAACUGAAGAGCCGGGAUGGUGAGAGGUCAGGCUGCAGCCGUCGUAGUGGUUGUGGGUGGCAGGAAGAGGGUCUUCCUUAUCCAGCGGGAGCGACGAGCUUUCCUUUCCGGUGCCUCACGUAAUGUCGUCGUACGCUCGGCCGUCUCGCGCCGUUGCCUAGGAGACUGGAAGCGUAGGAGUAGUAACGGCGAGUCGGGAGCUGGUGGCAAGCUCCUGGCUUCUGCCGGCCUCGAGACCAACGGCCGCGCAAGUUCAGCAGCGCGUGGCUUUUCAUGCGGCGAGAGCGUCGGCGCGUUCGGGGCGAGGAGGAGCCGUUUCCUCAGCCUCGAUGGGGGUCGUUCCCUCGUCUCCAAACAGCGAGAUAUCAGCAUCUGUGUAUCACCCCUACACGUAGAAGCCAGUAAGGCAAGUUUCCCCCUGUCAGGAAGCAAGAAGCUUUAUUUUGACACCCAUGCCCUUGUGUGCCUUAUGGAGGAAAAUGGUUUCACCACUCUGCAAUCCGAGAUUAUUGUAUCUGCAUUAAUUAACACCAUGAAUGGCAAUAUGGCUGUGAUGUACAAGGACAUGGUCACCAAAGUACAGCAGGAAAUAGCUCUUCAGCAGAUAAUGUCUCACAUUGGUGUUUUGAAAAAGGAUAUGAUCAUUUUGGAGAAGAGUGAAUUUUCUGCACUUCGAGCAGAAAAUGAGAAAAUAAAACUUGAACUUCAGCAGCUAAAAAAGCAAGUAAUGGAAGACACUUCCAAAGUUCGUACAGACAGCAAGUUAGAUUUUAACCUGGAAAAGAGCAGAGUAAAAGAACUGUAUUCGCUAAAUGACAGAAAACUGUUGAAAAUGAGAACAGAAAUCGUGGAAUUGCAUGCACAGCAAGAUCGAGCGUUAACAAAGGCAGACAGGAAAAUAGAUACAGAGGUUGCAGGACUGAAAACAAUGCUUGAAUCGCACAAACUUGACAACAUUAAAUAUUUAGCAGGUUCUGUAUUUACAUGUCUUACAGUAGUACUGGGAUUUUACCGUUUAUGGAUAUGACAAACAAUCUAUUUUUUGAAAGGACUCAUAUUACCUUAUCUUAGAAGAAACAAAGAUGCAUUGUUGCCUGGCUGAAGUUUAGUCCUGACUUUGAAAUAGAGUCAUUGCCAUUUUAUUUUUUAAACUAUGGAAUGUAACCAAAGAAUGUGCCUGAAGACGAAUACAUAUGUCAAAACGUGACCCUAAUUAGUCAACCAUAUUUUUCACUCCUUAAUCUUCGGGUCUUUCUGUGCUAUUGCAACGCUAACAUGUCUGAUAAGGGGUGUUUCAUAGACAUUUCAAAUAUAAUAACUGACAGGGAAAUCCACCAAGAUGUUACAUGCCAAGUUCAUUUGUUAUAUUUGCUGUUUGUACUGUGCAUUCGAGGAGAGAAUUCAGCACUAAGUGAAGGGGUAGGGAAGAAAAAAAAUCUACUGAUCCUUCCUUGAUCCCCAUUCCUUCAGAGCUAGAAACUCCUAAGUUAAAUCACAGUUUACAUAUUUCUUCUGCGUUCACAAAGCAUAAUGCAAAGAUUUGUUAUUAUAUAUUGACAUACUGAUUGCUUUGAUUGUGUCUGGUGUUGUACAUUUCCAUCCAAUUAAUCAUGUUUUUUAUGAGCAGGUAUUGUGGAAAGAUAAUGUAGAUAAGAUGCAAGAUGAGGUGUAAACUUGAAACUGCAUCUCAGUUGACACAUUCGUUCCAAAAAUGGAAAAAAUAAUGCUUAGUGAGAAGCACUAGCCUUUUGCAUAGACACUUUCCCCCAUCUCUGGCCCAGCAAUUAAAAUUAAACCAAUAAGUUAAGAUCCAGUUCAGUCUAGCAGCAGAAUAGCAGAAUCAGGAGAGGUCUUGAAAUGAAAAUAUUUACUAACGAGUACUUCUUAGUAGUGGCUGGUAUUGAAGAAUAAAGCUGAUAAAACUGUUACCGAAGCUAAUUUAUGUAGGUAGUAGCUUGUCAGUAAGAUUGGAGACUACUGCUAGAAUAGCCUUACAGGGCAAGAGGCCCAAAAUUAGUUCAAUUGAAAUAAAUUCCACAUAAUUACCUAGAUUCAGAGACCCCUGUGUGUGAUCUUCAUGAAUGGAGUAGAUACUUACGUGAGAACACUUAAGUCUGCAAAAGGAAUAUAUUCUGUAUAUAAUGAUUGUGCUUCUCCCACUGAUAUGGACUAAGAUAAUUUUGCUGAUUUAGGAGCUUGUGAUGAGUGGUACCCAUUUUUAACCAUACUGUUAUGACACUCUACAGCAUACAUUGUUAUAUGUGUUGUUAUGCCCAGCUUAACCUGUUUUUUAUUCUUUACCAUUUUUGAACUGUAAACCAUUUUUGAACUGUAAAGUUAUAACACCACUUCCUUAACCCUUGCGCAGCAGUGUUGCAAGUGUUUAUGUGGCAGAAGGGUGGCUGAAUUGACUUAAAGAAUCAAAUAAAGGUUAUCUGCAUAAA